AUUGAAGCAAAUCAGACAAGAUUAGUGACGAUCAUCGCUUGAUCUCUUUAUUUACAACUUUACGAGAUAAAAACUGCACUAAAUUCAUAAAUCUUUAGCUUAGUUGUUAGUUCGUAAGUAAACAGCUGCCUCAAAACUCGCCAAAAGUGAUCAAAAAGACUGAAAUUCAUACUCAACGAAGCAUCUUCCGCGAAAAAAAUUGCCAUGAGUGGCCUUGUGCGAAAAUUAACCAUCAAAAAUCUCAUCAACAAGGAGGAAAAUGACUGUACUGUCGGAAAUUUGCUGGAAACUGAUCGCCCCUUUGCCGAAGAUAUGUUCGAGAAAGUCGAUAUCAACAAAUAUUUCAACGUUUCUGUAGAGGAAGAGGCAUCGAACGGUACUCAAAUGGAUGGAGCUGAUAGUGAAAGUCCCACGAAUCACGCUGAGCUGCCAGAGACGCAAAAUGACGAAAAUUCGGCGUCACAACCCGCUCCAGAGGCAAAUAACGAGUCAACUGAGGGUCAGAAGGGGACUUCGAAGAAUUCGGACAACAUGAAUACCGUCGAAAUCACGACAACGCCAACAACGGAAGUGGUGACGGCGGAAAAUUGUCUCCUCGUUGACAUUUCCGAUGCGUUAUCGGAGAAAGAUCGCGUCAAAUUUACCGUCCAUACGAGAACAACGCUGCCCGGUUAUGCGAAAACUGACUUUUUAGUGGUGCGACAACACGAGGAAUUUGUCUGGCUGCACGAUCGUUUCGAGGAAAACGAGGAAUAUGCAGGUUACAUCAUUCCGCCGUGUCCGCCAAGACCGGAUUUUGAUGCGUCACGCGAAAAAUUGCAACGCCUGGGCGAAGGAGAAGGCAAUAUGACGAAGGAAGAGUUCAAAAAGAUGAAACAAGAGCUGGAAGCGGAAUAUUUGGCGACUUUUAAGAAAACUGUUGCGAUGCACGAAGUUUUUCUCACGCGUUUAGCGAGUCAUCCCGUGUUCCGUUUGGAUUCGCAUCUGAAAGUUUUCCUCGAAUACGAUCAGGAUUUGUGUGCAAAGCCAAAGAAGAAGCUCGAUCUCUUCGGAGGCUUCGUACGGAGUUUCAGCAAAGCCACGGAUGAGGUUUAUCUGGGGGCGACAGUGCGCGAUGUUAAUGACUUCUUCGAGACGGAACUGCAAUUUUUGGGCGAGUAUAAUGGGCAUUUGAAAGAAGCAGCGGGACGCACGGAAAAAAUGACGAAGAAACAUAAGGAAGUCGCUGAUUGCCAUCUGAAAAUCUCACAAUGCCUUGUUCAAUUGUCGACGCACGAGAGGGGCAGCUUGGAAAAGUAUCUCGCGAAAACGGCGGAGAUUUUUGAGAAAAUUCGGAACAUGGAAUGUCGCGUUGCGAGCGAUCAAGACCUCAAACUGGGCGACACUUUGCGGUACUAUCAACACGACAGUCACGCAGCUAAGGCAUUGCUAAUCCGCCGAUUGCGAUGUUUGGCAGCUUACGAGGCAGCAAAUCGAAAUCUUGAAAAGGCGCGUGCUAAAAACAAAGACGUUCAUGCGCCAUUGGAAGUUCAAGAGGCGGAAGCUGCUCAAACAUUAGCUUGCGAGAAAUUUGAAUCGAUGUCAUCGCGAGGGAAACACGAGUUAGUUAGCUUCAAAACUAGACGAGUUGGUGCUUUUAAGAAAUCCUUGGUUGAACUUGCCGAAUUGGAGGUGAAACACGCAAAAGCCCAAUACGACUUCCUGCGGAAUUCAUUGAUCGCAUUGAAGGAACUUCAGUAAUGGCAACAUCACAAUUUUUCAAUUUCUGUGCUAAAAUUUCUUCAGGUAGGAGAGAACCAAAAAAAAGAGUCUCUCUAUAAAUAAUUUGAAAUUCCUCAAUAUUAUUGUUAAGUUUAAAGUUUGCAUUUUUUUUUUUGUUUUUUUGAAAAAAAAGCACCAGUUAAUUCAAAGCAGCUUGCUUUUAUUUAAAAAAAAUAAAAAUAAUUUAAAAUAUUUUUUUUUUGUAAAGAGAAAAAGUCUCUUAAAAUAUUCCAAAACGAAACAUUCUCAUUUUUCGAUAAUUUUUUUUUUUUUUUGUUAAAAAUUUAAUUUAAUCGACAUUUUUUUUUGAUAAUGAAGAAAAAAGACCUGAAAAUGACUUCUGUACUAAUAAAUUUAAAAAAUUUAAUCUAAAAAAUAUCUUGAACAAACAAUA